AUUUAACAAAUAGCAAUAUUAAUUAUUAAUCAUGCAGAUAACAUGUUAACAACUUUUUAUUUACCCAAUAUUGCGCAAAUUGUAUAAAAAUAUAAUUUUAUAGAAAACGUUAAAAAAAUUCCCGUAAAAAAAAUCCUCGUUUGUGAUGUCUGAUUUACAAGAAAUUCAGCUGGAUAAAGAACAAAAACCAAGUAACCCAUCCACGUCACAAUCAACAAAUCUGCAAACUAUACCUUCAGGGAGUUCUAAUAAUAAUAUAAAUGAUAUUCGAACGGAUUUAAAAGAAAUGCCAGCGUCGUCGUCUUCUGCGCCGAAUUCACAAAUCGAGGAUCAAAUCGAGAAAACAUCUUCCGUUGUUCAAACAAACGUUACUGAUAUGUCUGAAAUAAUUCAAAACAUAAAUAUCAAUAGUGAUGCGAACUCCAUACAAAAUAAUUCUACAAAUGGUUCGAAAAAAAGGAAUGCUAGAAAAAAAGAACGAUUGAAAAAAUUGCAGAUACUUUUACCAAAUGAGAGUAACCAGGAAAUUAAACCUGAAACUAUUCAGACUGCUCCUCCAGUUCCAACGCAAAAUGGUAUCAAUUCAUUACAAAAUUUUUUCUUAAAACAAGUUGCUCCAUUGUAUGCUAAUACUAGUUCAAGUUAUUUAGAAAAUCUCGCACAUCAUCCUCAAGUACAUUUAAUGCAAACUAUGCAAUUAAGGGAAAUGUUUUUACAUUAUCAGUUUGCAUCAAGUGCACCAAAUACUCCCUUAAUGCAACAAGCCCAUGGUUCAAACUCUCACAACUUUGUGAAUCCAGCAUUCGCAUAUCAACAUCCACCAAAAUAUUUUCAAAAUGCAAUGCAACAUCCUAUACUUAGUAAAACUUUCGUAAAUUCUAAUUAUAACAUGCAUCAGCAUGAGACUAACUCUCCAAGAAGACAAAGAAACCAAAAGAGACAAGACAAUAAAGAUAAUGAUGACAAAAAGUUUAAUCCUUACAUUUCUUUAGAAGAGGUAGAAUUAGGUUUACAAAAUAAUACAUUACUUGAAGGAGUAUUAAGAAUAAAUCCUAAACAAUUUCAGCAUGCAUAUGUUUCAAGUACUGAUAGAAGUGAGCAAGAUGUUCUUAUAGAUGGUAUAAAAAAUAGAAAUCGUGCUUUGGAAGGUGAUGUUGUUAUUGUUCAAUAUAUUGACAAUGAGAACGAAGAAAAUACUGAUUCUAAUGAAGAAAACAAGCAAAAGAGAGGCAAAGUAGUGUUUAUAAAAGAAAAGGUACACACAAGAUCAUGCAUAGGAAAAUUAAAGCUGAUGCCUGAUAAGAAUAGACAAAGAGCUCUAUUUGUACCCAGGGAUUACAGAAUACCUAGGUUAAACAUAACAUUUACAAAUUGGCCAGAUAAUUUCUAUAGGGAUUCAAAGAGUUAUGAAAACACUUUGUUUUCAGCAAAAAUCAUUGACUGGUUUGACGUACGUUUCGCCCUGGGUAAAAUAGACUGUAAUAUAGGAGAAUCAGGUGAUAUGCAAACAGAGACUAAAGCAAUUCUUGCUCAAACUGACUUAGAUAUAACACCUUUUGGUCCGGAAGUAAGGCAUUUAUAUCCUCGUCUAGAUUACACAAUUCCUGAAGAAGAAAAUAAUAUACGAGAAAAUUGUAGAAAAUUAUGCAUUUUUAGUAUAGAUCCAUCUAAUUGUCGUGAUAUAGAUGAUGCUGUUUCAUGUAGAAAACUUGAUAAUGAUAACUUUGAAAUUGGAGUCCAUAUUUCAGAUGUUGCUCACUUUUUGACUGAGAAUACAAUUCUGGAUGAAAAAGUAGCAGAAAAAGCCACAACUAUCUAUUUGGUUGAGAAAGCAUAUCACAUGCUGCCAGAUGAUAUGUGCAUGUUGUGUUCUUUAUUUCCUGGAGUAGAUAAACUUGCAUUCUCCGUUUUUUGGGAAGUUACAGAGAGUGGCAUAGUCAUAAGUCAUAGGUUUGCAAAAACAAUUAUACACUCCUGCUGCCAAUUAUCUUAUGAACAUGCUCAAGCAGUACUUGAAGGCAAAGAAAAUGCUGAGGAAAACUUUCCAGAAAUAUAUAAUGGGUUUAGUUAUCAAGAUGUGUCUGAAACAAUUAAGAUAUUAGGUAAGCUGUCGGCUAUAUUUAGAAAAAAUAGAUUUGAGGGUGGUGCAUUGAGCAUUGAUCAGCCUAAGGUAUCAUUCCAUUUAAGCCCUAUAAAUGGAUUGCCAGAUUCUUUUUGCAUUUAUCAAAGUAAAGAAAGCCACCAGCUAAUUGAAGAGUUCAUGCUUCUUGCUAAUAUGACUGUAGCUAAGAGAAUAUAUGAUGACCAUCCAAAAUUAGCUGUCUUGAGAUGUCAUCCUACACCUAGUAUUUAUAUGCUAAAAAAAUUUGCUAAGUCAUUGAAGCCUAUGGGUAUUGAUUUAGACAUUUCUUCUGCUGGUGAUUUACACAGGUCACUUUUGUCCUAUGUUGGACCUGCUGAAGAAAGGGGAAAAGCUAUGGUCCUUAACAUGUUGUGUGCUAAGCCAAUGACAAGAGCAAAGUAUUUUUGUGCGGGUGGACAAGGUGAAGAAGAUUUCCACCAUUAUGCCUUGAAUGUACCGCUGUAUACACAUUUUACUAGUCCAAUAAGGCGUUAUGCUGAUAUAAUGGUCCACAGACUAUUAGCUGCUAGCUUAAAUUAUAGAGAUGUACCUAAAUGGGAUGUGGAUAAAAUUUCCAUGGCUACUGCACAAUGCAAUAAGCAAAAGUAUAAUGCUAAAAAGGCUGGGGAAUUGUCAACAGAACUGUACACUCUAAAGUACAUUGAAUUGAACUCACCACUUGUUACUGAAGCUGUUGUUGCAGAAGUAAAAGAAAAAUACAUUGACGUAAUUAUAGUUGCAAUGGGUUUAAAUAGAAGGAUAUUUUUCAACAAUGAUUUUCCAGGGGAAUAUAAAUGUAUAAAAAAUGAUGCAGGCAUAAAAUUAUCCAAAAUGGAACUAACCUGGAAUGCAGUUGAAGAUUCGCCAGCAAUAACACAGGUUAUUGAAGUUUUCUCAAUUCUACAAGUAGAAAUGCACAAAGGUGAUGAUAUGGUGAAGGUAGAGACAAAGCUUGUAAAGCCGAAAUAGUUUAUUCUAAUUAAUAUUACAUGUUGUAUAAUGUUUACAUGAUCUGUUUAAGAUUUUUUAUUAAUUUGUAUUAUUUUUAUUAUUUGACAAAUGAAAGUACACAUUUCAGGUUGUAAGUUUUUAAUAAUUUUUUUGUACUUAUGGACAGUUUUUAUACAUGUACACAAAUACUGGUAUGAGGACAAUUAUUUGUAGAAAUGAAAGUGCUAUGAUUUAAAAUUAGAAUAAAAAUAAAAUAAAAUUAUGAAAAUGUGUAGUGUAUGAAUGAGAUUUAUAAUAUCUGAUAGGUCAGGACAACAACACUGUAUAAAUGAAAGCCAUUUAUUUUAAUUGUUUAAAUAUUUGACCCUGACAUUGUGAUGUUGUGUACCUAAGGUUUUUCUUGUUUAUAUAUUAUGACAUUUAUUUUGAUAUUUAUUAAUCUUUAAAUAAAAAUACUGUAUAAUACAAAUGAAUUUAUAAAUACAAAUUUUUGUAGAAUGAUAUAUUUGAGUAAGGGUUUUAACUUGCUUAAAAUUACAUUGCAUUUUUUAGAUAAAAUAUUCUACAAUUUUUUAAUAAUAAUUUGUGAUCUUUGAAUAAAUCGGAAAACCUUUUGGAAAAUUUUAAAAAUACAUAUCCUAUUUGUAAAUUAUUUUAAAUAUCUUA